AUGAUUCUCGCCACCAUCAUUGCCAACUGCAUCGUCCUGGCUCUGGAACAACAUUUGCCCGAUGGAGACAAGACGCCGCUGUCUGAACGCCUGGAUGACACCGAGCCGUACUUCAUUGGGAUCUUCUGUUUUGAGUCAGGAAUAAAGAUCCUGGCUCUUGGUUUCGCCUUCCACAAGAACUCCUACCUGAGGAAUGGAUGGAACGUCAUGGACUUCGUGGUGGUGCUCACAGGGAUCCUGUCCACUGUGGGUUCAGAUUUCGACCUGCGGACCCUCAGGGCUGUGCGCGUACUGAGGCCCCUCAAACUGGUGUCCGGUAUUCCCAGCUUACAGGUGGUGCUCAAAUCCAUCAUGAAGGCCAUGAUUCCUCUGCUGCAAAUCGGCCUGUUGCUUUUCUUCGCCAUCCUCAUGUUCGCCAUCAUCGGCCUGGAGUUCUACAUGGGCAAAUUCCACACAACCUGCUUUGACAAUCACACAGGUGAGAUCCGCAAAGAGUUUCCAUGUGGGACGGAGCUUCCGUCGCGGCUGUGUCCACAGGGCACCACGUGUAGACAAUACUGGCUGGGACCCAACUAUGGCAUCACCCAGUUUGACAACAUCCUGUUCGCUAUCCUCACCGUCUUCCAGUGUAUCACCAUGGAGGGCUGGACCGAUCUGCUCUACUAUAGCAACGAUGCCUCAGGGAGUGCAUGGAACUGGAUGUACUUCAUCCCCCUCAUCAUCAUUGGCUCCUUCUUCAUGCUCAACCUGGUGCUGGGUGUGUUGUCAGGGGAGUUUGCCAAAGAGAGAGAGCGUGUGGAGAACAGGAGUGAGUUCCUCAAGCUCAGAAGACAGCAGCAGAUUGAGAGGGAACUCAACGGUUACCUGGAGUGGAUCUGCAAAGCCGAAGAGGUCAUCUUGGCGGAUGAUGAGAAUGAAAACGAUUAUGAUGGGUCUCGUAGGAGAGCCACAAAGAACCAUAAGAGCAAAGCUGAGCUGCUGAACCCAGAGGAAGGAGAGGGAGACCUGGCCGUUGGUUCACCAUUCGCUCGUGCCAGCUUGAAGAGCUCCAAGCUCGAAGGAUCAACCUUCAAGAGGCGCGAGCGCCGGCUGCGCUUCUUUAUCAGACACAUUGUUAAGUCCCAGGCCUUCUACUGGAGUGUGCUGUGUUUGGUGGGCCUCAACACGAUGUGUGUGGCUGUGGUUCACUAUGACCAGCCAGAACCACUUUCGGAUUUUCUGAAUUUUGCAGAAUUCAUCUUCCUGGGGAUAUUCUUGACAGAGAUGUGUAUAAAGCUGUAUGGCCUGGGCAGACAGGCCUACCUCAACUCCUCCUUCAACUGCUUCGACUGCAUUGUGAUCGGUGGUAGUAUAUUCGAAGUGCUGUGGUCCAUCAUCCAGCCGGGCACGUCGUUUGGCAUCAGCGUGCUGCGAGCUCUCAGGUUAUUGAGGAUCUUCAAAGUCACCAAGUACUGGGCAUCUUUGCGUAACCUCGUCGUUUCUCUGCUCAACUCCAUGAAGUCCAUCAUCAGCUUGCUCUUCCUGCUCUUCCUCUUCAUCGUCGUCUUUGCCCUGCUGGGCAUGCAGCUCUUCGGAGGACAGUUUAAUUUUGAAAAUGGCACUCCUCCGACCAACUUCGAUACCUUCCCCGCAGCAAUAAUGACGGUGUUCCAGAUCCUGACCGGUGAGGACUGGAACAUGGUGAUGUACGAUGGCAUCAAAUCUCAGGGCGGAGUCAACAAGGGCAUGGCCUUCUCUAUCUUCUUCAUCGUCCUCACACUUUUUGGCAACUACACUCUGCUCAAUGUGUUCUUGGCCAUCGCUGUGGACAAUUUGGCCAACGCACAGGAGCUGACCAAGGAUGAGCAGGAGGAAGAGGAGGCUGCCAGUCAGAAGAUCGCCCUGCAGAAAGCCAAGGAGGUGGCUGAAGUCAGUCCGCUGUCUGCCGCCAACCUCUCCAUCGCAGCCAACAAAGUACACAGUGAGUGUCACAACGCUUCCGACCCCUUUCUGGACUGUAAGGACCAACAGAAGAACAACAAUAAGGGAAUCAAUAAGUCGGUGUGGGAACAACGUACCAAGGAGCUGAGGAAGCAGACCCUGGCGUCCAGCCGAGAGGCCCUCUACAACGAGCUGGACCCCGACGACCGCUGGAAGGCAAGGGCAGGGAGGGAGGAGCAAAACAAUGUGAACUUCUCUCGAAACGUCCGUCCAGACAUGAAGACCCACCUGGAUCGACCCUUGGUGGUCGACCCCCUUGAGAACCGCAACAACAACACCAACAAGACCACUGCCAACAAUUCAGACCUCUGCUUCAGCCAGCACCAUCCCGCCGAUGAGCUCCACAGACAAACACGCCUCCACGAACACGCCGGGGAAGUAGGCGGGGGUGGUGGCGGAGGCUCGGGUCCAGUCAGACCUCCCUUACAGCGGGGGGAGUCCACAGAAAGCAGGCGGAGCCGUAAAAGUGAGCACCACCACCACUCCUCGCACGUCCGACUGGAUGCCACAGUGAUACCUGGGCCAGGCUCGGAGGAGAGGCCGUCCAGACGCCACCACCACACCCGCAGCGGGAGUCGAGGGGGAGGGCAGUCGGAACACAAGAAGCCCAGGUCGCAUCGAAAGAUUGCAGAGGAAGGCGAGGAGGGCGGGGGAGGUGGUGGGAAAACGGGGAGGCACAAGAGCAAAGGGGUGGACGGAGGUGGAGAGGGAGGAGAGAAGGAGGCACCUGGGGAAGGCAGUGAGAGGAGGCCAAGAAGAAGUCGCCAUGGCAACCAAACAGACGGCGAGGGGAAGAGGAUGUGUCAGCAUAGAAGGAAGGAAUGCAGUGUCCCCAACCUCUCGACCACACGGCCCAUCCAAAAGAGCCUCUCUAGGCAGGACAGCCAGUACAGCGAGGAUAUGGACAACCUCAUGAAUACCAAGCUGGUCUCUGGCACCACCCCGCCCGGCGAGGGUCACCCCAUUCCAGUUGCCAGCCGCACUAUGGCCCCCGGCUAUGGAUCUGCCCUCCAUCUUGCUAACAGCGGCACUCACGGGAGUUUAGUUACGUUAGAUAGCUACGGGAACAUCGGACAUCACCGUGCCAACAGUGUCCUCAGGCUGCCCCACCCUGACUACACAUCAGUAGACAUGCCAAUUUUUCCAUCCACCAAUGCCAUACUGCAGGUCAACAAGAACGCCAACACGGAGCCUCUGCCGGCGAAGGAGGACAAGGACGACGACGACGACGAGAAGGGAGGUGAAGGAGGACCCAGGCCCAUGCCUCCCUUCAGCUCCAUGUUCAUCCUGUCCACCACCAACCCGUUUCGACGAGCAUGUCACUACAUCUGCACCCUGCGUUACUUUGAGAUGUGCAUCCUGCUGGUUAUCGCCAUGAGCAGUAUCGCUCUGGCUGCCGAAGACCCCGUCUGGCCCGAAUCUCCUCGCAACAAUGUUCUACGCUAUUUUGAUUAUGUCUUCACCGGAGUGUUCACAUUUGAAAUGCUGAUAAAGAUGGUCGAUCUGGGCUUGGUCUUGCACCAGGGCUCUUAUUUCCGGGACUUGUGGAACAUCCUUGACUUUAUAGUGGUUAGUGGUGCUCUGGUGGCCUUCGCCUUCACCAGCGGCGGCGGGGGGAGCAGUAAGGGAAAAGACAUCAGCACCAUCAAGUCCCUGAGGGUCCUGAGGGUGUUACGACCUCUGAAGACGAUCAAACGUCUUCCCAAACUCAAGGCUGUGUUUGACUGCGUAGUGAACUCUCUGAAGAAUGUGCUCAACAUCCUGAUCGUCUACUUGCUCUUCAUGUUCAUCUUUGCUGUGGUGGCCGUGCAGCUUUUCAAGGGACGCUUCUUUUUCUGCACUGAUGAGUCCAAAGAGUUUGAGCGCGAUUGCAGAGGCGAGUACCUGGUGUAUGAACGCGAUAACGAAGUGAAGGCGCAGAAGCGGGAGUGGAAGAAGUACGAUUUCCACUACGACAAUGUGGCUUGGGCCCUACUCACCCUCUUCACCGUGUCUACCGGAGAGGGGUGGCCGCAGGUGCUGAAACAUUCAGUGGAUGCGACUUACGAGAACCAGGGCCCGAGCCCCGGAUACAGGAUGGAGAUGUCCAUCUUUUACGUGGUGUACUUCGUGGUCUUCCCCUUCUUCUUCGUCAACAUCUUUGUGGCUCUCAUCAUCAUCACGUUCCAAGAGCAAGGAGACAAGAUGAUGGAGGACUAUAGUUUAGAAAAGAAUGAGAGAGCCUGCAUAGACUUUGCCAUCAACGCCAGGCCUCUGACGCGCCACAUGCCCCAGAACAAGCUGAGCUUUCAAUACCGAAUGUGGGAGUUUGUGGUGUCGCCGCCAUUUGAGUAUACUAUCAUGGCAAUGAUCGCGCUCAACACUGUCGUGCUCAUGAUGAAGUAUGACGGAGCUUCUGAUACCUAUGAAGCUGUGUUAGGCAACCUGAACAUAGUGUUUACCUCCCUCUUCUCCAUGGAGUGUGUACUCAAGAUCAUCGCCUUUGGAGCACUGAAUUAUUUCAAAGAUGCCUGGAAUAUUUUUGACUGUGUGACAGUUCUGGGCAGCAUCACCGACAUUCUGGUCACCGAGCUGGGGAUGAAUAAUUUCAUCAACCUAAGUUUCCUGAGGCUGUUCAGGGCAGCUCGUCUCAUCAAGCUGCUGAGGCAGGGAGAAACCAUCCGCAUCUUGCUUUGGACCUUCGUUCAGUCCUUCAAGGCUCUGCCUUAUGUCUGCCUCCUCAUUGCCAUGCUGUUCUUCAUCUACGCCAUCAUUGGGAUGCAGCUGUUUGGGAAUAUUGCUAUAGAAGAAGACCAAGAUUCCGCCAUCAACCAGCACAACAACUUCAGGACCUUCGUACAGGCUCUCAUGCUCCUCUUCAGGAGCGCAACAGGGGAGGCGUGGCACGAGAUCAUGCUGGCAUGUCUGGGGAGUAAAGACUGCGACCCCCUGGCGGGGAACCCGGAGCCAGAGUGUGGCAGCCAGUUUGCCUACCUCUACUUUGUCUCCUUCAUCUUCUUCUGUUCAUUCUUGAUGCUGAAUCUGUUCGUAGCCGUCAUCAUGGACAACUUUGAGUACCUGACUAGAGAUUCAUCCAUACUGGGACCUCACCACCUGGAUGAGUAUGUCAGGAUAUGGGCCGAAUAUGAUCCUGCGGCCUGCGGGCGCAUUCAUUAUAAGGACAUGUACAGUUUAUUACGAGUUAUCGAUCCGCCUCUGGGCUUAGGCAAGAAAUGCCCCCAUAGGGUGGCCUGCAAGAGGCUGCUCCGCAUGGAUCUGCCCGUGGCCGACGACAACACGGUCCACUUCAACUCCACCCUCAUGGCCUUGAUCCGCACAGCGCUGGACAUCAAGAUCGCCAAGGGUGCGGAAGGUGGUGUUGACAAGCACCAGAUGGACGCAGAGCUGAGGAAGGAGAUGAUGGCGAUCUGGCCCAACCUCUCCCAAAAGACUCUGGAUUUGCUGGUGACGCCGCACAAGUCAGCGACAGACCUGACAGUGGGGAAAAUCUACGCUGCCAUGAUGAUCAUGGAGUACUACCGCCAGAGCAAGAUCAAGCGCUCGCAGGCUCUUCGUGAUGAGCAGAAUCGAACGCCAUUACUGUUUCAGCGCGUGGAGCCUCCUUCCCCCACCCAGGAUGGGGGCCCGGGACUUAACAACGCCCUACCUCUACCUGAGACGACUGUAAACAGCCUGCCAGUGGAGGGGGGGAUCCCGGAAAGCACUUCAUGGGUGACGGCCCGUGCUCAGGAGAUGUCCCAGAAAGUUGGCAGCUGGAGCCCAGAGGGACACCCUGAGGAUGGCCUGGGAAGCAUGAGCAACUCUCAGACGGUAGAGAUGAGAGAGAUGGGGCAGGAUGGUUACUCGGAUACUGAGCACUUUCCACCAAUGGAAGGCCACGGCAGGGCCGCUUCCAUGCCCCGCCUCCCAGGCGACAACCAACAGCGGAGGAGAGGGAAACAACGUGGCAGUAACCUCAGUACCAUCAACGACAGCAGUCCCAUGAAGCGCUCUGUCUCAUCGCUGGGCCACAGCAGGUCUGGGCGAGGCCACAGGGACAAAGGAGGGGCGGAAGACUACCACAUGGACCGUGUGAUACCUGAGGAGGGGAGGACUUCCAGACACGGACACCGACGAAAAGACCGGAGCCAUCGGGCGUCCGAGAGGUCCCUCUGCCGUUACACGGAGGCCGACACAGUGUUUUCACCACACCUCACCCCACUGACAUCUCCGACAAACAUCCCAUCAGGCCUGGGCACAGACCUGAGCACGACCACCCAGUCAGGCGACCUCACGUCCAAAGAAAAGGAUCGCGACAGAGAUCGUGGACGAUCCAAAGACCGCAAACACCACCACCAUCAUCACCACCACCACGGCUCCGUGGACAAGGAGCGCUACGUGGCGGAGCGAGGCAGCGAGUAUGGACACAGGCACUCCCACGACAGAGAGCACGACCGGGAGCACAACCGAGAGCACGACCGGGAGCACGACCGGGAGCACGGCCGAGAGCACGACCGGGAGCACGACCGAGACCACGACCGGGAGCACGACCGGGAGCACGGCCGAGAGCACGACCGAGACCACGACCGGGAGCACGGCCGAGAGCACGGCCGAGAGCACGGCCGGGAGCACGACCGGGAGCACGACCGGGAGCACGACCGGGAGCACGACCGGGAGCACGACCGGGAGCACGGCCGAGAGCACGACCGGGAGCACGGCCGAGAGCACGACCGGGAGAGGGAGAGGGACCGCCGCUGGUCACGAUCGCCCAGCGAGGGUCGUGAGUGCAUGACACACAGACAGGGCAGUAGUUCGGUCAGCGGAAGUCCUGUCCCCUCAACUUCGGGGACCAGUACGCCACGUCGAGGCCGUCGACAGUUGCCUCAGACCCCCGCGACACCCCGGCCCCAUGUUACUUACUCCCCUGUGGUCCGUAAGGCCAUGCCCACGCCACCUGCAGGGCCACAGGGCAGACCGCCUGCCCCAGCCCCUCGACGCUUUUCUCCUGAGCCUCCCCAAGGCCAAGGCCCUCCCCACGGCCAAGGCCCUCCCCACACUGGCCUCCCACUCGCCCACCAUGGCACUGCUCGCCAGGGUCAUCAUCCACCGCCUCGUUGGGGAGACACAGGUGGAGGAGGCGGCUCCAUGGAAGGGGAUGCCUGCUUCUACAACCAGGACUACCAGGACUAUGAGCCCCACCAUGAACCACCUGCCUAUGAGCAGAACCCCAUACAGGGGGGCAACCCUCAUCCACACGGCGUGGCCAACCACCCACUGCCGCCUCCUCCACAACCACAGCCACAUAACCCCCAUCCCCUCCCUCCACCCCAGCCACACCCCAUAAACAAUCCACACCCUCAUCCGCCGCCCCACCCACAGCCCACUCGCACCUCACCUAGGACUGCACACCACGCGCCUCCUCCCACCACUGCUCUGACUGGGCCUGUGCAGGGCCAGGUGCAGCCUGCUGCCCAGCGUCGCCUACCCAAUGGCUACCGCUCCUCCUCACCUUCCACACAUCUCCAUGGACCUCCACAUACUGGGCCUCACAAGGUCCCCCCUCCAGCUGGGCAUCCUAGGGGGCCCCGCAAGGGCCUGCAUGAACCCUACAGCGAGACGGAGGACGACGACUGGUGCUAGCCUCUGGGGAAGGGGGAGGGGCGUAAGGAGGAGAAAGGACAGAUAGAUGGACUGAAAGAUGGACAUGAGAAGCUCUCAGCCAGAGCAAUGACUGCCAAGGGAAACCACGACUUUCUUGUCGAUUCAAGUCAAUUUUCCCUCUCCUCCAGUGCUUGGCAUGUCCCAGCGAUGGUGGGCUAGGUAAAGGGAUGGGUGUCAGGAUGAGGGGAUGGAACAGGAAUGCUGAGGCAGGAUCUGGAGAAACUAAUGGGUAAGAGGGGGAUCACAAACCACCUCCAUGUUCUGCUGGCGUUGUUGUUGCAUUCAUUCUCUUGAUGCCAAAUGAGAUCAACCUCAAACUGCAAAUUUUAAGGAUGCAAGCAGGAGGGGUGAUGGACACUAGUCUUUGUGUGUCUUAAAUUAUGCCUCUGGCAACGAGCUACAGCCACUUACAAGAUGUCAAGAGUUGCGACUCGACAAAAGACACUUUACAGUCAGAGACAAGAACGACCACGUUUUCCUUUUUUUUGCUUCUCUAAGCUAACGCCAGUUAAGUUAGCCACGAAAAGAAUCGAAUCCAACCCUCCCAGCCACCAGUUGAAUAUUGAUGAGUUUUAUCAUCUGUGUUUUUAAAUAAGAACAAAACUGACAAUUAGCCCUCCGCCUGUAUGAGGUGAGAAGGCUAAGUGGGUGGGAGAGUUGGGGAGCGUUGCAUGGGGUUGAUAAGUCUCUCAGUCAAAAUCUAGAGGACAGGAUGGGGUUGUUUUUGGGGACGUUUACCCUGUCCCUAGAGAACACCCUCCUCCCUGAAACAAUUUAACCAACCUCAACCAAUGACCUAAAAGAGAAGAAAAACAAAAAUGUGGAGAUGGGUUUCAGAAACGAAAAAACAAACAAACCAGUAACUGUUUUCUGCAGUAUUUCUUCUAUUCCUGCAGCUGCUUCUUCUUCUUCCUCCUUCUCUUCUACUUCUUCAAAACAUCGAAGCUUGAAUCUUCUGUUGCACCCCACACAGCUUCGUUUUUUAGACUUGCGGAGUUGUACACCCUGUGGAAUCCUGCAUGAAUGAUACAAAAAAAAAAAUAUUAAUAGCAACAAUGAGAAUCUACUGUAUGUGGGGGGAAGUUUUCCUCAGUCCUUCCUGUUGUGGUCUGUAGGGUUUCUCUUUUUGUUUCUUUGGUUUAAAAAAAAAAAAGCCUUUCUGUUUCUCUCUCUCUCUCUCUCUCUCUCUCUCUCCCUCUCGCUCUCAUCUGUUUGACAUUCCUCUCUCUGAUUCCUCUCUCUGUACCUUCAUCCACACUCAAAUCAAGUGACAGAAGGAUACGGGGAGAUCGGAGAGCUGCUGUUUGUAAACUCGACAGAACAAAAUGAUUACUUUUUGCUUGCUUGUCUGUAUGUUCUGUGCCAAAUGCUUGCCACUGAUUCAGCUGGAAUUGCACAUAUUUUUGUGGAAGUAACUUUUUGUAACUAAGGUGAUGAAUCCUAAAAUGAUACACUGGGAAGCAGGGUAAAGUAGGGCGGUGAAAAAAAAAGUGGGUGUCCAUGUUGGUGAGCAAGUUUGACCAAUUAGUAACAUCUCAAAAGUCUUCCAGGGUUUUGGGUUAAAAUAGAAACACCAGAGAGAAAGAGACCAAUAGAAAGGAGAGGAACUCGUCAUUGUUGUUUUCUUUGUUCCUGAUUGUCAUAAUGGAUAAACAGAUGAUAUAAUAACUUAAAAUGAUCAUGAUGAUCGUGAUAAUGAGGCAGAUUCUCCAUGUUUUAUAUAUAAAUAUAUAUUGUUUUCUGUGCGUUUGUUUAAUUUUAAGCUCAGCAAAUAAUUUUUCCAACCCACACUUGCAUUGUGGGAGAAUGGGUUUGCAGGAGGGCAAACAUGCAUCAAUGAUAAGCAGUCAAUAGGCUAAUGAAUUUUAGAAUAUAGACAGUGGACGGAAUUGAGAUUGCUUCACUACUGGUUUACCCUCCUGCAGCUGCUCAAAUAGAGUCCCUCCACUUGUGACCAAUAGGUGGCAGUGUCAGACAAAACAGCGUCUCCCCCUUUACUUCACCUCAGAGUCAGAGCUGUUCCACACUCAUCAGUUCAUUCUCUCACUAAUAACACCACCUCAUCUGUGGUAACACACGGGUGACUGACACUUCAGAAGGGUUGGAAAAAAAAGAUUUCUGGGCCUUGUCAUGAUCCUGGGGGGGGGGGGGAUAAAAAAGAACUAUGUUAUGUGUGUUUCACUCCUAUAUAUCUUUAUUUCGAUCUGCGUGUUUCUCUGUGUGCCUCAAACUAACACUUGUCGUCACUAACACACACCACUGUCAGCCCCAUCAUUAUUUUAAUUUAUGUAUUUGACCAAUAUUUUACCUGGAGGCCUAUCACAUGUUGACCAGAGAAUGCACCGAAAAAAUUGAAAAGAUAAAAAAACUGCCUAUUAGUGUCUUUCCAACCUCAGUGGAAUGUCACAGACGAGUAUAUUUUCACAUCACUACACUUAAAAUCAGAAAGCACACUAGGUAUGUAGCUCCUGGUUGUGUGUGUGUGUGUGUGCGUGUGUGUGUAGAUGUUUUAUUCCUGUGCUUGCUUUGCUUUCUAAUUCUUGUCUCCAGAAAUCCAUUUUAAAUCUUAUGAUUUUUCAGUCAAAUCACUGUAACAAUUCUCGUGUGUGUGUGUGUGUGUGUGUGUGUGUGUGUGUGAGAGAGAGUGUGAGAGUUAUGUCAAAAACCCCUGAAUGAAUCAUGUAAAGCCCCAAACAUUCACAAUCCAUCUUAGUGUCUAUGCUGCAGUGAAAUCCACUAACACGCUGAUUAACCACACAAAGUCUUCAAAAAGCAAUGUAAAGCCGCUACUGAAUAAAAAACUGACAAAAAAAACAUUUUUAAGUACAAAAGAUAGAAGAAAAAUGAAAAAAAUAUCUAGUUCCAGAAAUGCAUGUGCUAUGUGCAUGCCACACCGUGGAUUAACAGUCAUCUUCAGGACAUAAAAGAAAAAGCAGAUUAAUGAAUUCAGAGGAAUAAAAAAAAAAAAGAUAUAUAAAUAGAUAGAUGUUUUUAAAAAGCAACGUUUCCUUUUUUUCCUUCUAUUUUUGAGAACAAAAAAGGUUAAAAACUACGAAAAAAAAAAAUGUCUAAAGAAUGAAAACACAAAAGAGACUUUGGUUAGAGUCAGAGUCUCGUUUUUUUCUUCUGUUACAUGGGUUUGAGGCACAACACAACCAUGUUCAGGACACCACAAAAAAAGGAACUGUUUUUAAUGGAAAAAAAUAUAUAUAUAAAGAAAAGAAAGUGCAGUUCAGAAAACGGUGUAUUCUCCCUUCUACUUUUUGUGGGGGUCAGGGGGCGCAGGAGGAGGCCACAUCUGAUGAUGUAAUCAUUAUAACUGGCUGUGGAACCUUUGAGCUCUCACUCUCUCCCUCUUUUCUUUCUCUCUCUCUCUCUGACUCUCUCUCUAUCUCUCACUCUUUAUCUGUCGCACUCUCAACCUGUCUCACCGCUAUUUCUACCAGUGCAUUUUGUAAUUCCAAACAGAACUCUUCCUAAAGAAUAAAAUCCAGAGAGAAUGCA